CCCGGGACGACCCGCAGGGUGGGCCCCGGCGCCUCCCGCGGGCGGGCCUGCAGGCCGAGGCCUUGCGGGAGCGUGCGCCCGGGCCCCCGCCGUGGCGGGCCCCGACUGGCAGCAGCGGCUGCAGCAGCAGCAGCAGCGGAUGCUGCAGCUGCUGCACCGCCAGGAGCCGCCCGCGCAGCAGCAGCAGCGCCUCCCGCAGCGGCUGCAGCACUGCCAGCCGCAGCAGCAGCUGCAGCACUGCCAGCAGCAGCAGCAGCAGCAGCAGCAGCAGGCGCCGCCGGACCAGCUGCAGCAGCAGCGGCUCCUGCAGCUCAUGCAGCACCCGCGGCAGCAGCAGCUGGAGCUGCAGCAGCAGCAGCAGCACUCGAUGCAGAUGUUCCAGCAGGAGCAGGCGGGGCCCCCGCCGCCACCCGAGCAGCACUGGCCAGAGCUGAGCCCCCAGCAGUACUGGCCCGAGCUGCAGCAGGCGCCGCCAGCGGAGCACCAGGAGGUGCGCCAGCGGCAGCCGCAGUGGCCCUGGUCGCUCUGGUCGCCGGGGCCGCGCGGGGCCCUGGGGCCCGCCUGGCAGGGCGGGCUGGAGGAGGGCGGCGGCUCCCCGCCCGCGCCCUGAGUUCUGGCGCCCGCCCGCGCGGAAACGCGCGGCCCGCGCGGCCCGACGCAGAGAAGCCCCCAGAGAUUGGCGGGAGCAUCGGCACGAACGAAAC